GAAAAACUCCCACGUCUAACUAAAUAUUUCUGUUUUUCCUCACCAUAAGUGGGUCCAAGUUGUUAGCCUGGGACUCCAAGUAGCCACUGUCGGCCAUUCCAUCUUCCUCCAGGAUUCCAACAUCCUCCACUGUGGCAACAUUCCUCCUCUUAAACAGCUGGAACACAAUAGUAUUACAGUUUGGAGCUGAUUCUCUAUUGAUCCACAAAGGACAUGAUUUGUUUCCACUCACAUGGAACCAGCAUGUUCGUUUGUUGUCGUCGUCAUCCAUGAGUUAAUUUUGGAUAGAUCUGUGGCGACCAUCUCAUUUUGCAGAGGAAACUCAAACAUCAAAUCACCUUCAACUACAGCUAUGUGAGAUGAAAGAGAAGCACUCAGAAAUCACAGACGUGUUAGUUGUUUCUCCUCUGCAGACACCUGGCAUCAUCAAAACACUGUUGCAAUCAACAGCCAUUUCCAGGAGUCUACAUAUAGGACUAAGAGGCGCGCUGACGCGCAAUCUUUCCACACGCACACGCUCCCCAAAGAUGACCGCGUUGAGAAGAGACAUGCGGAGCUUCCUCCUCCUCACUGAGGGUGAAUUCAACAUGUGGCAUGACUACAUGAACCUGGGUACGCUGUUAAAGAAUCUGUGCGUCAGCUGUGAGGUGGAGCGCAGAGACGGUGACGGGCCAAAGCAGGAGGCGGCGUCACCAUGGAACCACGUCCAAGCCGAGGAAGAGGAUGAUGAUGAGGAGGUGGACGUGGACGUGAGACGGACCAGCUCAUCCAGCAGCCUGUCGGACCACAGCAGCAGCGGCGGCGGCGGCGGCGGCAUCUCCUCGUCCAAGUUCUGUUGCUUCUGUAAGCAGAACGGGGAGACUCCGAGGGUUUACCUGACUCACAGACUGAAAUCCGUGGACGGGAGAGUCACCUGCCCCAUCCUGCGGAACUACACCUGUCCCGCAUGCGAAGCCUCCGGGGACAGAGCGCACACUCUCCGUUACUGCCCACAGGCACGGCGCACAUCUCGAGGACCUGCGAAAGUGGUGCCAAAGUCCAGGUCCCGGUAGCUGGUUCUGGACCAUGACAGACUUUUGACAAUGGAAAAAAACCUGUACAUAAUUACUCAACUACGUUUUUAGCCAUGCGUUCAUGCGCACAGACUGUUUCGUGUUAUUGGAACAGAACAAAAUCUGAUUCCACUUACGCGUAUCACACAGUUGUCUUUAUGACCCCGCAGAGAUUUUAGUUUUUUGUGCAGCGGAGGUUCCACAAUCCAGAUUCUGGCGCCUGGUGCUGGACAAUGGAAGGACUGUACAUAAUUCCUAAAACAUCUUUAGCUCAGACUGUUUCAGGUUCACUGAAUGACAGACAUGUAGUGUGUUGUCAAGUCAUGUUAGAGACUAUCUGGCGUUUUCUGUAUGUGUUUUUCAAAUGGUGGAUUUCUAAAUGUUUUGGAACAGGAGACAAAUAAAU